AUGGAGCCGUCUGCCGACGACCUAGACCACAUGGAACUAGGCGUGGGAGAUGGGUAUGAAGAAGGAGCGGGUGGGGAUGGCAUCAACGAGCCGGUUCAGCCUCCGGAUGCGAGAUCUCCUGGCGUCGCCGCGGGUGGACUUUCGGCCCUGAUGGAUCGUGUUGAUGCACAACUAAAUAUAGGCCGAAACUUUCCGGAUGACGAACCGAGCCUCAAUAGCGGUGACCACGCCGAGUGUGAUGGGGGGGCUGUGUCGGGUGGUGCUGGUGACGACGGCGAAUAUGGAGGAGAGGGAGAUCAAUGCGGCGGAAUAGACAUAUAUCCGACCGUUGACGACCAGCACCCACAGCACGUCAACCCUGCACCUGACACACGUGGUGGCGGAGGCGGAGGCACCCCCUCCCUGGCCGAGCUUCACACCCUUGCGCCUUCUUAUGCCACGAGCUCGACGUUGGAGGGCGGUCCAGAAAACCUGAGAUUCAACACGAAGGCGACCGGAUCUUCAUUCUACCCAUUCAGUACGAAAGAACAACAGCUUAUUUAUGUUUCGCAGUAUACACACCAAAUUUCGCAAAAGGCAUUGGGAGGGCUGCUCGACAUACUGCUGAUGGAGGACGAGGGGUGCGGUUUCGACGUAGGAGGGUUGAAAGGUGUGGACGCCGCGCACUUUAGCAACCGCAUGCGGCAAUACCUUCCUCUACUGCAGGUUCUGGAGCGAGAUGUCCCGUCAACACAGCAAGGCAAAACGUCAGCGGUGGUGUAUGACGUACCUGUCAACCUGCUACUAGAUCGCGACAUGAAGCUAGCCUCCGAAACGGCACUCUCCGAAGCAUACCCUGCUGGAAAGCUUUUGCGCGAAGAGGAGGCCGCCGUGAACUCGUUAACCAGCGAUCAUGUGAACUGUGUACCGACCAAGCAGGUCGGCAACGUCAGGGAGACAAACAUGAACGGCACGCUAUCGAGGACGUCUCCCUUCAUGGGAAUCGAUGGAAUCAAGGGCAGCGUCUGUGGGAGAAAGGUUUUCAUUCACGAUGUCUGCAUCUGCGCAGUCGGGGGCACCCCGACAGUGUGUCGUCUACUCGAGCUUUUCUGGGAUGUUGAAAGCCGUCAAGUUGUUGCUACCGUGCGAACGUUUCGGUCAGCUGCGGAGGUCAGACAUGUGGGAGAAACGGAAACGCGAGGAGGUCUGCAGAGAACCUGGGAAGACUGUACUGUCGGAGGCGAACUGCUGUUGGAGGUUGCCGACGUGCUCGGCCUGGCGGAGAUUUAUACGGAGGACGAGAUGGACGCCGACAAGCACGACGGGGAAUGGGAUCAAGGCGCGAGGUGCGAUAUGUGGGGUCGCUUUCUGGGGGAAGGGUUUGUGGUGCAGGCCGGGAAAAAGCGACAACGCGCCGGAGAUGACCCGGUACAGCAGUUCGAGGUGACCCAUGCGCCGUGGUGCAAGGAAGGAACCCCGGAUAACCCACUGUUCGUGUUGAGGAGAGAAGGCUUCCACCUCAACAACGAGAACCUCGCGUUUUUUUCAGCGCCCGUCACCUUUUACAACGACGCCUUCAACUGCUUUGGAAUGGGAAACAAGCAUUCCGUGGGUGGCGGGUACUUUGGGUGGCCGUGGAGAACCCAAGCUGUGCAGCGACUGAAGCGACAGACACACGUCGGCACCCUUGCGAGCACCGGAGCUUGUUGCCAAGGAGAGAUCGGAUUGCAGUGUGAAAUCCUUGGAUUGCUACAGCGGGGGUGUUUGGGCGAAUGCAUGCUCACAGAGGAUGAUGGGACAACCUAUUUGCAAGAGGUGUUUGUUCGGGGCGGAUUGCUCAUGUGGUGUGGGGACGGGCCGGGGCGGGCUAAGAACCUCGGUUCCAAGGCAUGCAACCACUUCUCGAGGUUCCCGUGUCCCUACUGCAUGGUUGAGCAACGCGACGACGCCUUCGGGGGAGAUCUGGGGGAUGCCCAGUAUGAUCUCGAUGCCAAUCGACGUACCUGGGGGGGGAUCACGGAGGGUUUUGCUACGCUGCAGUCCCUCUCGGAUGACCCCAGCGAAUAG